GAACUUGCAAACUUGACAUGUUUGUAGCUUCAGCUCUCAUCGUUCUUCUUCAACUAUCUACUAUACUAGGUCAAAAGGAAGAAAUUCAUUACUAUGAUGAUCCUGUCGACGAUGAGGAGACGAAGCAAAGAGACAGAAACAUCUCUUAUCAUAACUGGGUACGAAAAAUUGAGAAAGAUGUACUGGGCAAGGUAUCUUAUAAGAUUGCGCCAGAUAAUCAGCAGACAGACGUGCAGUUCAUCUUCCACAGUGUUGAUCAUGUGACAAUCAACGAAAAAGAGCAAGUGAUGUCGAUUUCCGGGCGCUAUUGCAUGAUCUGGCGCGACCCCCACAUCACUUGGGACCCUGCAAAAUACAAUAACCUCGACACCUUGCAUGUCGGAUCCUAUGACGUUUGGACUCCCAGGGUUACCGUAUUGAAUGGCCUCUCUGGUGUCUACAGUCAUCUCGACGCACCCGUGACGAGGAUCAAACUAUUUGUCCCACCAUUCAGAGCCAACGAGCCAGCCUACGUAAUCAGCUGUCCAAGAUAUACCGGUCGAGUGGGAUGUUAUUUGGAUAUGACAAAUUAUCCGCGAGACAAGCAUGUCUGCUCGUUCAUCAUGGCUGCUAAAGAUCAGAAAAACGUCGUGUUCUACGCUGGCCGUCGUCUCCAAGUUAACAAGGAUUUGUCAGUGAACCUGCGUCAUGUGCUAACAAGGAAUGACACUCGUCCAAGAAUAAGUGGAUGGGAAAUUACUAACGUAACAUCACGCAUCAGUUACUAUGACUUUAGCAACAUCAGCACCACAAAAGCUGACAUGUUUUCUAUUACAGUAGCAGUACAGUCAGUGUACUUUACUCGGCAUGAGCCAGCUUUUUUCUACACACAAACGAUACCAGCUAUGAUUUUUGCCGCUUUCAACAUUGCAGGUGCUCUCAUGCAAGAUUCUGCUCAUUCAAUGUUUCUGUUCCUCGUUUGUCUCUUAUUUCAAGGUCUCUUCAUAAGAGACUUUGUCGACAGGAUUCCUUUGUAUUACAACUCAUUACCAAAAAUUUUGCAAUUUUUGAUCGUUCAACUAUUCUUGUCUGCAUUCGGAUUUAUAUUUGUCACUGUGCAAGAAGUUCGACGAAGGUUGCAACGUCAGCCUUCCAUCAAGACCAAGUUUCCGGCGACACUAGAUGGAUGGACCAGAGAGUUUCUUCUGAAGAAGAUCUUCUCAAUUGCUGGUUCCUACAUUUUUGUAACUCUGGUAUCCGUUGUGAUGUUUCUACUGUGA